CACGCCGAGCAGCCUCCUCCUGCCCAGCGGCUAGCGCUGUGUCUGCACGCCCCGGCCGCCCUCUGGGCUCUGCGCGAGGUGGGGCGUGGGGGGACAGAGCGUACGGCCCGAGCCUCCCGGCGGCGGGGCCCGUCUCCCGGAGCAGCGCCGCACCGACCGCGCCGAGCGCCCCGAGCCUCCGGACAAUGGGGCCGCGGUGGCUGCUGCUCGUCGCCGCGGGGCUCAGUCUAUGCGGCCCCUUGCUGUCGGCCCGUGCCCGAGGCCCCAAACCAGAGUCAGAAGCAACAAAUGAUACUCUGGGUCCCCGGACAUUUUUUCUCAGGAAUCCCAAUGAUAUAUUUGAACCAAUCCCACUGAAGGAGGAUGAGGACCAAAAUGAAAGUGAAUUCACAGAAGACAGAUUAAGCUCCGGCAAUAGAAGCAGUCCUCCUCAAAAAUUACCCCCCGCGUUCAUCUCAAAAGAUGCCUCAGGAUAUCUGACCAGCACCUGGUUGACUGUCUUUAUCCCCUCCGUCUACACCGGCGUGUUCCUCGUAAGCCUUCCUCUAAACAUCAUGGCCAUCAUCGUGUUUAUCUUGAAGAUGAAGAUCAAGAAGCCCGCCGUGGUGUACAUGCUGCACCUGGCCAUGGCAGACGUGCUCUUUGUGUCUGUGCUCCCAUUUAAGAUCAGCUACUACUUUUCCGGAAGUGACUGGAGAUUUGGGUCUGCCAUGUGCCGCUUCAUCACCGCGGCGUUCUACUGUAACAUGUAUGCCUCUAUCAUGCUCAUGACGGUCAUCAGCAUUGACCGGUUCCUGGCUGUGGUAUACCCCAUGCAGUCGCUCUCCUGGCGUACUCUGGGGAGGGCUUCCUUUACCUGUCUGGCCAUCUGGGCCAUGGCCAUCGCGGGGGUGGUACCUCUGCUCCUCAAGGAGCAGACCACCCAGGUCCCGGGGCUCAACAUAACCACCUGUCACGAUGUGCUCAACCAAACGCUGCUCGAAGGCUACUACUCAUAUUACUUCUCGGCCUUCUCUGCCGUCUUCUUUUUUGUGCCGUUGAUCAUUUCCACAGUCUGUUACGUGUCUAUCAUCCGAUCUCUUAGCUCUUCCGCGGUUGCCAACCAGAGCAAGAAGUCCCGGGCUUUGUUCUUGUCAGCUGCUGUUUUCUGCAUCUUCAUCCUUUGCUUUGGACCCACAAACGUCCUGCUGAUUGUACAUUACGCAUUGCUUUCCCAUAAUUCCAUGACAGAGGCUGCCUACUUUGCCUACCUCCUGUGUGUCUGUGUCAGCAGCAUAAGCUGUUGCAUUGACCCCUUGAUUUACUACUAUGCUUCCUCUGAGUGCCAGAGGUACCUCUACAGUAUCUUAUGCUGCAAAGAAAGUUCAGAUCCCAGCAGUUGUAACAGCAGCGGUCAGUUGAUGGCAAGUAAAAUGGACACCUGCUCUAGUAACCUGAAUAGCAGCAUAUACAAAAAGCUGUUAACUUAGGAAAAGGGACCGACAGUGAGUUAAAAAGAAAAUGUUAAAAAAGCAAAUAACCUGAGGAUUCUACUUAGUCCCUGACAAAAAAGUAUUUACUUUACCAUCUAAAACAACAAAUGUAUGAUUUACAUGCCUCCUUAUGAGAACCAUUAAGCAUUUAUAUUUGUUAGUUACAGGAAAAAAAUAACAGGAAUAGAAAA